AUGUGCGCGUCCACGUGGUCAGUGACGGAUCAGCAGGUGGAGGAGGAGGUGGAGGAUACGGUGGAUCUUCAAGUGGAGGAGGAGGUGGAGGAUACGGUGGAUCUUCAAGUGGAGGAGGAGGUGGAGGAUACGGUGGAUCUUCAAGUGGAGGAGGAGGUGGAGGAUACGGUGGAUCUUCAAGUGGAGGAGGAGGUGGAGGAUACGGUGGAUCUUCAAGUGGAGGAGGAGGCGGUGGAGGAGGAGGUGGAGGAGGGUACGGUGGAUCUUCAAGUGGAGGAGGAGGCGGUGGAGGAGGAGGUGGAGGAGGGUACGGUGGAUCUUCAAGUGGAGGAGGAGGUGGAGGAGGGUACGGUGGAUCUUCAAGUGGAGGAGGAGGCGGUGGAGGGUACGGUGGAUCUUCAAGUGGAGGAGGAGGCGGUGGAGGGUACGGUGGAUCUUCAAGUGGAGGAGGAGGCGGUGGAGGAGGGUACGGUGGAUCUUCAAGUGGAGGAGGAGGUGGAGGAGGGUACGGUGGAUCUUCAAGUGGAGGAGGAGGCGGUGGAGGGUACGGUGGAUCUUCAAGUGGAGGAGGAGGAGGUGGAGGAGGGUACGGUGGAUCUUCAAGUGGAGGAGGAGGUGGAGGAUACGGUGGAUCUUCAAGUGGAGGAGGAGGCGGUGGAGGGUACGGUGGAUCUUCAAGUGGAGGAGGAGGAGGAGGAGGGUACGGUGGAUCUUCAAGUGGAGGAGGAGGCGGUGGAGGAGGAGGUGGAGGAGGGUACAGUGGAUCUUCAAGUGGAGGAGGAGGAGGAGGAGGGUACGGUGGAUCUUCAAGUGGAGGAGGAGGCGGUGGAGGGUACGGUGGAUCUUCAAGUGGAGGAGGAGGCGGUGGAGGAGGAGGUGGAGGAGGGUACUGUGGAUCUUCAAGUGGAGGAGGAGGUGGAGGAGGGUACGGAGGAUAGUCAGGUGGAGGAGGAGGGAGUGGAGGAUACUGUGGAGUAG